AUGCUCAUAACCGAAAGAGAUAAAUUGAAAAGAAAAGCAAUUAUUACUAAACAAGAAUCUGAUUGGCUCAUUUAUAAAAAAUCCAGAAAUCAAACAAAUACCGAAUUAAGGAAAGCCAAAACAGACUAUUAUUCUAAAAAGAUUGCUAACCAAAAGUGCAAUCCAAAGCAGGCUUGGAAAACUAUUAAUAGUUUGAUCGGAAAGGGUAAGAAACCCACGAUUAUAAAUGAACUAAUUAUUAAUGAAUCUAAAUUAACAAAUCCUACAGAGAUUGCAGAAGGGUUAAAUGAAUUCUUUGCAAAUGUUGGACCAAACUUGGCAAGCAAGUUGGAUGAAUCUAGCUGUGACUUUCAAAAGUAUACUAAAAGUUCUGAAUCCAAGUUCACUGCAUUUACACAAAUUGCG